CAUCGUAAAAGAUCUAAAAGUAUAAUCUAUCUUGUUUUAAAUACUAGUAAUUUAUUAAUUCGUUAGCUAGAGUUGUAAUUACAACAUUACAGAAGUAGAAUAUUUUUACAUACAAAAAGUACAUAUUGGAUUGCAAUACGAAAGGUUCGAAAAUCUAACCUUGAAUAAGCAAACUUUAAUUGAAGAUCAUUUUAUAACAAGUUUACCAAGUAUUAUUAACUUUUGGGCUUAUAAUGAAACCUAGUUGUCAAAACCGAUUUUGCCGCGUUUUACUUGAAUCAAUGGCGAAAUAAGAUGUAUAUGUUCGAAGAAAUAGUACAUCUUACAAAUAUCAAGUAUCCAAAAUUAUCUAAUUAAACUUCAUGUCAUCAUCAAUUGAACUCGACACAAAAGAAAGUGAACUAAAUAAAUAAAUAGUUAAUACAAAAUUAUAUGCAUUUAUUAAAUACAUAUCGAUUACGUCAUUCAGCCAUUUUGUAUUCAUUCGCAAAAUUGCAGGCACGGACAACCUGCUAUCCGUCUAAUUCGGGCGAAUUUCCCGAUAUUUAAUCUUUUGAGUAAUCUUUCAAUCAUUUGUUCUAAGGAGGAAAACAGUAUUUAUAAACGUGAAACAAUUUGAAACAAGCGUUUUUAUAGUUUGUUGUUGAACGUUCUUUAAGUUAAUUAAAAGAGUUGCACUGUCGUGUAUUGAGCGCAUCUAGUGUCUUAGUCUUUUGAGUUGUGUUGAAAGUUGCAAGCAUUCAAAAUUCCGGUCCCCACGUGGAAAACAGAAGGCGUCAACCCCCCAGGGCACACGGGAGGCGCCGAUAUGCAUAAGAAUAGGAAAAAUCGAACGGGCCCCGCCAGGCAAAGCAGAGGUCGAACUGUUAACACAGACGGAGUAUACAAUAAUGCCCAUUUUAUGCAUGCAACUACCACACAUGUAGGAAACACAGUACAAGUUCAAACAUUAUCUGGUGUAAAAUGGGAAGGAGUUUUUAGGACGUUUUCUAGCAAGUUUGAGUUGGUUUUAGAAAUGGCCCACAGGCUAGAUCCAGACCAAGGAAGCGAUGCAGAAAUAUGUGUUGACACCGUAGUUGAUAAGAUUAUAUUCAGACAUAGUGAUAUUGUAAGCGUUGUUGCCAAAGACGUGGAUCUUGACUAUGCUACUAGAGAUACAUUUCAAACAGAUACUGCUAUCUCCAAAUUUAAUGGUCAACCAGCGCGUUCUGAAGAUAAAAAGUUAGAACCAUGGGAUGGUUCAGGAGCUGUUAAUGGUGAUGCUAUUGAGUGCUCUCUAGAUUUAGAUCAAUCAGCUAAUGGUUGGGAUGUAAAUGAUAUGUUUAGGAAAAAUGAAACGGUUUAUGGAGUGCAAUCAACAUUUGAUCAAUCUCUAACAGGAUAUACUUUACAACUUCAACGUAAGGACACACAAGACUAUCGUGAUGCUGAAGCUAAAGCUGCAGAAAUAGCAAAUGAAAUAGAGAGUCAGCCCUCACAUAAAACAAGAGCUGAUUUGGAAAAUGGUGAUGAAGAAGAUUUAUACGCAGCUGUCACAAGACCAUCAGAUAAUAACUCUUCUAGUAAUAGUAAUAACAAUAAUAAUUCUCGCGAAGGUAGCAAUAAUCAUUCACGUAACAAUAAUAGAGGUAUGAGACAUGAAAGAAAUAGUCCCACCUCUUCUAAUGACCAAACUACAAAUAAUAUCGGGGAAGGAACAGGGGGCAAUAGUGAGAAAUAUGUGCCUCCGGCUAAGCGAAAGACGGCACAAACAGCAAAAAUAGUGAGAUCAACACCGCCACCAGUAGCUUCUACAAGUCCUGCCUUGCCAAAUGUGCAAAUCAAUAAGGCUUCACCUUAUCCCGUGAGUGUGCCCCCGCCAAACUUGCAAAACAAUAGUGGUGUAUCCCCUCCAUCAUCUGCUAUAGUUUCUGGAGGCGGAGUGGUUGUAUCUGGGCCGCCUCCUCAACAGCAAAUGCCUGGAACACCAGUGAAUAUACCAGGAACUGUACCACAAGGAUAUAUGCAACAUGCACCUCCACCAUUUACACUUUUGCAUAGCCAACCACCGCCCCAAAUGCCUGUAAAAUUAAAUGGAGACGCUACUAGUGCAAAACCUUUACCACAAAGAACUCCUAGGGGCAAUUUUACACCUGGACAGCCCCCACAGAGUUUUACAGAGCCUCCACCAACGAUGGGUGCACCUAUCCCUCUGGGAAAACCACCCAUUCAUGUGCCUCCACCACACUUGGCUCAGCCUACAACCGGGCCAGUUGUUCAGCAAAUUUCAUUAUCUGGUCUUCCACCUGGUGCAGCACCAGCACAAGCACAACCUGUUAUGCAACAGAAUAAUCAACCGCAAGCUGAGCAAACUAAUCAAGUAACUGGUGUGCCUAUUGCUGUAAUUCCUGCAGAACAACACAUAGCGGGACCGCCACCUGCUGCUGGGAUGAUUGUGGUUGGUGUGCCACACCAGCAAACUAUCGUACCCAUCACAGUUGUGCAACAACCACCACAACAACCACCAUCAAAUUUACAAAAUGUGCAACAAAACAUGCCUUCAAGUAGAAGAGCUCCUAGAGAUGAACAAGUACAAGAUUUUAGAAAAUUCCAGCAAGAUUUCAAACUAGCUCCCCCUCAAAACCAACAGUCCCCUCCUCAACAAAUACAAGCAAAUAAUCAUCAGGCACAGAGUAGAUAUGAAAAUGCAACUUCAAAUAAUCAACAAGCUCAAAUACCUGUGACCAGUGCUGUGUCUGUGCAGCAAAAUGAUUCUGCGUCAAAAUCCAAUCAGCAACAGCCAUCUAGUUCUCCUGAGCAACAAAAUAGUUCACCUAAUCAGAGUUCUUCUCCAGAAUCUGUUGAUAAAUUAUCCUCGGGUUUGAAAAAAUCAACAUUAAAUCCAAAUGCAAAAGAAUUUGUAUUCAAUCCAUCUGCAAAGCCGUUUACUCCAAGAAGUCCCAGCACACCAAAUCCAUCAAGGCCACAUACACCACAAACUCCUGGACCAACUUUGGCCCAACAAGGUACUUCUAUAGCUAGCUAUCAUGGAGGCCAUUUAGCUGGACCGCCAUUACCCACAAUGGUAUUGCCAUAUGUAAUGCCUUCACAGCCUGCUCAUUAUCAGACUUCACCUACUCAGCAUGGACAUGCUGGUCAACCUAACAGAUUCAGGAAAGGUUUGCAAUUGGCAGCAUCUCAAAUGCAAGUAGCUGCAGCAACUGGUCAGCCGUUAUUAGCCCCUGCACCUUUGCAACAGUUUAUGCCAUAUCAUCCACAAGGACCGCAUCCACAGCAUCUUCAAGCUCAACCUUAUCAUCAUCAAAUGGUUGGGAUGCGAAUGAUACAUCAUGAGAGUCCACCACAGCACCAACUGCAGUACUUGGCACCACCACCACAGUCAACAACUCCUUCACCCGGUCAACCUGGGCAGUAUCACCCUGGGGCACCUCAGCCAUCUCCUGCUCCACCGCAAGGGCCACAAUUUCCUAUAAUGUGUCCCUUGCUGCCAGGUCCUCCUCCACAUGUCAUGCCGCAGUACCUUCACAGUCAAGGGCCCCCACAUCAGCCACAUCAUAUACAGUUGUUGUUACAGAGUCAUCCAGCAAGUCAGCAUCAUGCCCAAUAAGAAAAAUUUAAUUGAAAAACUAUUGUUAGUAUCUGUCAUAGUGGAUUCUGAAGUGUCAGUUGUGUGCGCGAUUGUUGUGAAUGUGAAAUUGUGUGUUGUUUAAGUUGCUGCUGUUUGUACAUAUGAGUCAAGUAAGAAUGGAUAGAGUUGGAGUGAGAUUUCCCCAAUGGUGGAAGGAUGACUGAAAAUUUGUUUUUUUUUUCGUUGAUUGUUAAAGAAUUUAAUGAGCUGUUGUCACACACUCCAUCAUUGCAUUGUAAAAGAGAGUAGAAAGACGUCUAAUUGUUGAUGGUUAUUAAUUAUGACUGAACCGAAUGGAAACACUGUAGUGUUUUUGUUUUUAAAUUAUUGACUAAGAGCAAGGUUCAUAUUAUGAUAGAGAGAAAAAUGAACUUACAUGAUCAACUUGUUCCUUAUAUGAUUUCAUAGUCACAUUCCUCAAUUAGUCUAAUACCUGGACCUAUUGACAGAAAAAUAUACAAUUAAUUUUAUUUUGAACUCAUUAUGCAAGGGUAUUAGGACAUUGUUUACAAAUGCUGCUCUGUUAUUUAAACUGUAAAUUUAGGCCAAUUCAGCUAUUUACCAAAAUUACUGAGGGGUGCAGUUUCUUUAAUAGAAUUUAAAACAAAAAAAAAACUUUGUAUUUUUCCUGCUCCAUGCAGAGUUAAAGAUGACGUACUUUUAUAUAUAUUAUGUAUUUAUUGUUUCUGAGAUACUUAAUAGAUACUAAUUUAUCUCGUCACAAUUAUUUACCUGAGAUUUUCUGGUAUCUAUUAAUUAUAAGAAACGUUUUUGUUCAUUUUAUUUUUGUUCAACCGCAUAUUUCAAAAUUUAUCAUUUAUGACUUGUUAAAUUUGUAUACUUUAUAACAUUAAUAUUUUUGUGGAAAAAAGUCAAAUCAAGUUUAUCAUAAAUUUUAAUGCUUGAACGAUUUUUUUUUGCAAAUAUAAUAUUGUUACAAUUCAAUUUUACAUGAGGGGUCCUAAAUAAAGAAUCUUUUGGUUCAAAUGAGUUAAAUAGAAUUGGACAUGUGGCCUGACUAAAAUAUUCUGUUUGCUCUUUCUGUUGUCAGGCUUAAUUUUUAUAUUAAACAUCUACAGAAUAAAGAAUCAAAAG